GCGCGUAGGUUUGAGCCAAACUCAGCGUUAACUGUGAGUGUGUGCUGUGAUCAAAAAUUCCUGUGUAGAUAGGAUUAACUGGUACCGUGCCGUACAAGUUCCGAUAUAAACCAUAAGAAUGUUGCUGCAUACCUGCGAGUCCCGAGAAAUCUGAAAUGGUAGUAGAGGUGCAUCGUAAGCACUUAUAGCGCACAAUUCGUACUGACUAUGGUGGAAGGCAAGAAGCACCACCAUCACGGCGUAGCGCACCGACCCCAUGAUGCCGCCACCUCCGACGACCCGGACCCGGUCAAACAGCGCCAGCGCCACUACUCGAUGAAAGUGGUGACGCAUGUCGGAUCCAAGGAGCACAUCGAGUGGGGCUGGUCGGCGUACGAACAACGGCGGCGGCGCAGCCAUCUCUUCCGUCUGUGGGACGGGUUCAUCGCUGGUCUCGCUAUCUUGCAGUUUACUUUAAUCAGCACACAGGCUACCUUUGCGCCUUUCAUGGACUCCCUGCUAGCCAUAACGUACGUGCUGGAUGUAUGUAAUGUCAUCGAUAUCUGUGUCAGUGUGGUUAAGCGCUACAAGAUGGACCAGCGGAACGUGGAACUGCGAAAGGGCAACUCCAAACUGGACGCCUAUCUAUGGUCGUGGUUCAUGGUGGAUCUGCUGAGUGUGGCGCCCUUGGAGGCACUGUCUAUCACUGUGUCCGAGCAGAUGAAGAUGCCGUUUCUAGCCUUCCUGCGGUGCAAUCGCCUGCUGUGUGGAUACAAGACAUUUCGGUUUCUUAAUGCGCUGGAGGCCGAAGUGGGCGCCUCAUUCGUAACGAUCCGCGCCGCCUAUUACACCAUUCUCUCGUGGUUGAUGCUGCACAUCACGGCCUGUAUCUGGUUCCUGAUCCCCUGCCACGACUGGAGCGAAGUUCAAGACGGGAUGCCCCUGUGCACGGCGCCAUCAUGGGUGUUCAGCGGCGCUGAUCCGCUCAACGGAACCUCUUUGUACGGUCCGGAGAGCGCCCCCUCGCCCAAUAAAAACAUAUACGCUGGCUGCUUCGAUCACGGCCUUGGAGGACCGGAAUCAGGAUACGUGCGGCUGAACGCCACGGUUGGGGAGAAAUACUACUACUCCAUCUAUUGGGCGGUCAUGACCACCACCAGCGUCGGGUUAGGUGAAGUGCACGCCAUAACCUUUCCGGAAAUGGUCUUCUCUGUUGUCGCUCAGUUGGCAGGGAUGAUUGUCUUAUUUGGGAUCAUUCAGGGCGGGAUUACGUCUAUGUUGACCAACUUCGACACCAUUCAGUUUCGCUAUAAGCACCGGGUGGCGGCCAUCACGCAGUACCUGCGCGAUCAGAAUCAGUCCACGGAGUUGGUACGGAAUGUGACGGAUUUUUACGAUUAUCUGUGGAAGCGGAGUAAAGGCAUGAGCAGUUCGGGCCUGUUUGAUCAACUGCCGUUUGCACUGCGAUCAGAAAUUGCUAUGGAAUUAAGCGGGCGUAUCAUUGAUAAGUCACCUUUAUUUCAGGAUAUCAGCGCGAGUUUUCUCCGAAUGCUCAGCCUGAAGUUUCGCCCGAUGUUGGCGCUACCCAAGGAGACAAUCAUGAAGAAAGGUGAUUUAAGCGACCUAAUGGUGUACAUCCAGAAUGGUGAACUGGAAGUGUUAAGCGAUGACGAAACCGAAGUGCCGGUGAUACUGUUCAAACCAGGCAAACUAUUCGGCGAAAUCAACCUGAUCACCCGAAUGCCCAGAAAAUUCACCGUACGCGCUAUUGCCCACUGCGACCUCGUAGUACUGCGAACGGAAGAUCUAAUGGACUGUUUACAAUCAUAUCCUGAUAUUGCCGAUGAAUUGCGGCAAAGAGCGGAAGAGCGAACAGGCGUCGCGCAGCAGAAAGUGGAAGAAGGCUUACUGGCUCACACGGACAAUCAUGAAGCCGUCAAGCGCAAGAAACAGCAGAAAGAACUCGCCGCCAAGAUGGAAGAACUGAAAGCCGAGAUGGGCAUCAAUCUCCGGCCGUUGAUGACGGCCCUUAACAUCGACCGCCCCCAGGAAACGCUGAAGGUGUCCAACUCCAUGGAGCUCUUCAAGAUUCGCGACCCCAUGGACGAGAUGGUGGAGUACAAUAUGGGCUCAUUCAGUCGGCGGCUAAUCUCCCGUUAUCACCGACUCAAAAUUGCAUUCUUCGAGCUGAGCAUCGAUCCCGAUGGGCUGUUCUAUUAUUUUUGGCAGCGCAUGAUGCUGUUCCUGGUGCUGGUGACGUUUUUUCUCUAUACGUACGUCGGGUUCUUCCAGAGCUACAAUCAGCUGGUAACGACACCGGUCGGAAUGGUGAUUCUUGCCAUGAGCUACAUCGUGGACAUUGUGUUUAUGGUGGAUUAUGGGUUCAAGUUUGUCACACAGAUCGUGACAGCCAAUGGAAAGAUCACCGAGCAUAAGGCCAUGGCGCGCGCUUAUAUGAAUACCUGGGGGUGCUACACGGACUUUCUGGCUGUUCUGCCGCUGGACGUUUUCGCCCCUAUCGGCAUCGCCAGCAACACCCAGUGGUCCUUGCUCAGUUAUCUGAAACUGAACCGCAUCCUGCGUGUUCUGACCCUGCCGCGCUUCUUCGACCAGAUGACAGCCAACCUCGACACUUCCACUGCCUCCGUCCGCAUCGUAAAGUUCAUGCUGUAUAUCGCGCUGGCCACGCAGAUCUGCACGGUGCUUCUUUUCCUCAGCGCUUGCUCACCGGAACGUUGCGCCGAUGACCCCAAGUACAGUUGGCCGCCGGCCGUCCCGCCCAAUAUCAGCAACACUGACUCACCGGCGGAUUACCGCUACACCUCCGCAUUAUACUUUGCCGUCACUAUGAUGACCACCAUUGGGUACGGUGAUCUGUAUCCGCAUUCGCUCAUUGAACAGCUGGUGUGCAAUGUCGUCAUGAUCGCCGGGGUGCUGAUGUACGGUUACUGCCUGGCGGUGCUGACGGCAACGAUAGCCAACAUGGAUGCACCGCGGGUGGAAUUUCAAGAUCGCCUGUUCGCCAUGAUGAAAUUCAUGGAGUACAACAAACUGGCGCGUAUUGUCCAGGAUCGAGCCAUUGAUUCUGUGGCGCUGCUGUGGACCAUGAGCAAAGGUGAAGAAAUCCCGGGAGUGAAAAACAUGUGUGAGGAUAUGCCGGAGCACCUAACCGAAGAGAUUCAGGUUGACGAUCUUAUCCAUUUGGUGGCCGGUGUACCUAUCUUCAAAAAUAUCGAAGAGCGGAUUCUGAAGAACUUUGCGCCCGCGGUGCGCCGGUACCUCUUCCCGCCAGGUGAAUACAUAAUCCAAGCGGGUGACCUCAUCGAUGAGCUAUUCGUCAUCCGGCGGGGAUUCUGCAGCAUGUUCCACCCGGAGCAGCAAGGUGUGUGCAUCGGCAUCCUGCAUCCGCGGAUGUACUUUGGAGAGAUUGGUUUCAUCUUCAAUCGCAAUGAAAUUAUCAGCGUCAAGACAAUCACGCACUGCGAAGUUCUGGCUAUACCGCGACCGGCGUUUGACUACGUGGCGACCAGUGUGGAGUGGCUGCAGCAUCAGAUGAAUCGCAUUUCAGAGGAUGGCGAUUAUUAUGAAAACCUCGUGGAAGCAGCCAAGCAAGCCAAACCCUACGCCAAGAAGCGAAAACAGCAGUCCCCGACCCGCCUGACCGACAGCGAGAAACGCAAACUGCAUUUUCGCGAGGACCUUAACGCAGUACACGUGUCGCGAUGGGCGGCGUAUCUGACGCGACUGCUGAUGUCGUACACCGUGCCUAUGGAUGGGACUUUCCUCUUGGUGUGGGAGCGCAUUCGGCUGGCCGAAUGCCUUUUGCUCUUUGUCCUGUCCAUGGUACAGACCGCAUUCCAAAUUGAUGAUUGGUUCUAUUUCGGCGUGCUGUACGCGCUGGAUCUCUACGCGAUCACUGAUUUGUAUUUGAAAUUCCACAUCCAGUACGCCAAUGAUAUGAACAUUGUGGUGACGCAUCCACUGAUGACCGCGAAGCGUUACCUGAGUUCCACUUUUUUUAUGGAUUUCAUAGCGUUAUUUCCUUUUGAAUUCUUCAUGCUCCUGGUGCCGGAUGGACUAAGUCGUGCGGAGAUCCUGCACUGGGUUAUGUACUGCCGAUUAAAUCGCUGUCUGCAGAUUUACCGCAUCCCUCUGGCCUUCUCCUUCAUGGAAGCCGACAUAAAGGUGGACACGUCAUCGUUACUCCUGAAGAAAUACUGCAUUUAUUUCAUUGUUUUUAUUACCUUCAUCACUUGCAUUCCGGUCACGCUGGAGUGUCUGCCCAAUAAAUGUGCAAUAACGUCCGCGGGAUGCUAUUUCAAAAUUCAGAACAAGACCCAGUCCGACCUGAACAUUCAGCUGGACAUCGAUUUCCCCGACUACAUCGACGAUAUUAGCACUGUAGGGCUCACACGCCGUCCUUGGACAUCGCACUUUACCCGGCACAGCGACUUGUCACGGGUCAAACGCCAAGCGGUCACGAGCCCGGCCCCAGACGCUGACGGUUACAUUAACCUGGACACUUCACUCGUGUGCCUUGGCCAGUGUUUCUUGCACAAUGGCGGCAUCGACGAGACUACCGACAACUGGACACGUUUUGUCGCUAGUUUUUACUGGGCGGUGACGACCACGACGAGCACCGGCUAUGGUGACCUUUACGCUACUAAUCAAUUGGAGCAGGUGGUGUUCCUUUUCUCCAUGAUUUCCGGGAAUAUAUUUUACGGGUACAUUGUGGCUAGCAUUGCGGCGGCGCAGGCCAAUAGUGAUGCGCAACGUUCACGGUUUUUUGAGAGAUUGGUGGCGGUCAAGCAGUAUAUGCUGCAUGAACGGCUGGGAAAAAACCUACGAAAAAGAGUGGUCAAGUAUUAUGAAUAUUUGUGGAUGAGGACACACGGCGUUGAUCCGCAGACUCUGAUCGUCGGCCUUCCGCCGUCCCUCACCGGGGAACUGGCACUGCAGCUGUACAAAAAGGUCAUCGAGCAGAUUCAGAUCUUUAAGAACACUCCCGCUGGGUUCAAAAAGAUGUUGGCGGCCAUAAUCCGUCCGCUGUAUAUUAUUGAAGGCGAGUAUGUAAUCCGCUGCGGCGACAUCGGUGCUGAUCUGUUCUUCCUGUACCGCGGCACCAUGGACCUCAUUUAUACCAACGGCGAGGUCUCCCCUGCCAUUGUCCGCUCUGGCCGUAUCCUGGGUGAGGUGGCCUUUCUUACCAAUCAAAAAGCAAAUACCAGCUACCGAGCACGUGAGAACAGCGACCUAUACUUCAUCACCAAGAACGACUUCGACAUCGUCCUGGAGCACUUCCCAGAAGUCCGAGAACGCCUGAUGGAUGAGGCUAAGGAGAGCAUGGAACGGGAAACAGAAAACCAGCUACUAUUUGAAAAGCGGCCGCAUAAGAAGACCCUGCAGAAUUCCCUGAUCUACCGCCCACCCGAGACGGUACCACUCCGAGACCGCCUGGAUAAGGCCGUCCGCCAUAUUUUCCGCCCAGACGACAAAUUUAUUCGCUACUUUAGCAAAUUCAGUAUGAUGGGGCUACGGACGGUUUCGGUGAUGCUGAUCUUAUUCCAGCCGUCCUUUAACAGCUACGGCAUGGAGUUAUACGCAGCCAACUACAUUCUCGAAGUGGUAUUCCUCUUCAACAUCAUUCUGACUCUAAAAACCGGGUUUCUGGAUGAAUUCGGCAACGAGGUGAUGAUCCCGGUGUCCAUUCGGCAGCGAUACUUGCGCAGCCGCAAUGGCCUUCUCCUGGACUGUUUCGCCUGUUGUCCUUAUGAAAUCUUCGCGUUGACGGCGCCCGGGGAGAUCCAGCCUCAAAUCUGGGGCUAUCUACGGUUAUUACGCAUACCGGCGCGAUUGUUGCGCAUUCAAGAGUUCUUUAAGAACUGGUUGAGCGAACUGGACAUUAACAUGCUAACGGUGCGGUUAACGUUUUCCUUUACGCAAUUGGCGCUGUGGUUGCACUUUUUUACGGGAGUCGCGUAUUAUAUCGCUUGCCCGCACGGAUACUGUAAUCCGCAAUCGUGGAUUAAGAAUACGCUGCUGGUGUAUAACCAUACGGCAGAACAAGCGUAUGUGACGUCAUUUUAUUGGGUGGCCAACACAGCGACUAGUACCGGGUACGGCGACAUCAUUCCGCCCACUAAUUUAUCCAGGAUUUUUUCCUGCAUCGUCCAGAUUGUAGGAAAAUGCCUGUUUGGUUUCAUUAUCGGCGAUAUUGCCUCGGCGCUAGCCAAUGCUGAAAUCAGUCGGCAGAACUUUGAGAGCCAGUUUCAAGCGAUAAAAACAUAUCUUCUGGAUCAGCAUGCCAGUAAACCCAUCAUCGAUCGCGUACAGAACUACUUUAACUAUCUAUGGAUAAUCAGUCGUGGCAUCAAUGACAUUGCCUCUGUUCUCAGUGACGCUCCCUUCUGCCUGCGAACGGAAAUUGGUUUCGCUGUACACAACCGCGACUUGCGACAAUUGCCGCUGUUUCGUGAUGCGUCGGACGCCUUCAUCCGUAUGGUUAGCGCCCACCUACACCAAGUGCAGUUCGUCCCGGGAGAUUUCAUUAUUCAACAGGGCGAUCUGGUGCAGGAGAUCUACUUCCUGCAUCGCGGCGAGGCCGUCGAGGUGGAGACGGGAGUAGAGAUUGGGGUCAUCCGGCACGGCAGCCACAUUAACUGGCAGGCGGUCCUGAUCGACUGGCCGGCAUCGCGAACGGUGCGUGCCACCGACAACUGUGAGGUUUACGUUCUGUCCCGUGCCGAUCUGGAGAAGGUGGUUCAGAAGUUCCAGAUGGAAAUGGCAAAUGUCUGCACCACAACGAGGACACGAUUAAGAGAUUUGCUGGAGGAAGAGCAUGCCGAGCUGGACUAAUGUUGGAUAAAGAGCUCGACUGAAUGGUGGUGAUAACACGUUUUGAAUUUGGUUGGUUUGCAGGCGUUUGCAAAAUGGUUGUAUGAUUUGAUCCGGCGCGAGCAACGAACAUGCGAAACUUGUUUUACUAUAUUCUUCAGUCUCGAUCAAACAGUAAUGGUAUUACUUAAAGUAGGUCGAGUUCAUUUAUUGUUAGCCUAAAAUCUGAGUGAAAUAUUAAUUAUUGUCUUGGAAAUAAGAUUUGGUCGGCUUUCCGCUUACAAACAGCCGUGAAGAGGACGAAUUAAACAUUAAU